AUCCGAAUUUAUUCAAGUCAUUGACAAAAAGAGAGAGUACCAAGAAAUUCAAAAACCAUUUCAUUGGCCAGGUUAAUCUUAUCUCAUGUGUCGACUCAGAUUAUACUAUCUGAGGUUAUGGGUGUAAUCGACUGCACGUUUAGUAAAAUCCACAGUCUGUGAUGACUGAAGUGUCUGAAGACAAUAAGUGACUAACUUUAGAACAAUGAAACACAAUUUUCUUAUUAUUUCUGUCCUUCAUUACUGAAACCGGUACAAAUCUGGGUUUAAAAGAACAACAUGAACAUCCAUGAGCUGACAACAUGGGUAAUGAUCUUCACAUCACUACUGGCUGGGCACGCAGGUGGACAGGAGAACACAGGAAUGACGAUUCCGGCGUCGCUUAGAGAUUGCUAUGGGAACGAAGAUCUUUAUUCACGGAACAAACGACUGCCAAUGACCAUGGCAACACUCAUCGAGUUGAUACGCAAGGUGGAACUGUACAAAGGAGCAUAUUUCGAUCUUCGGACUUUGUCAGUGACUUUACUGCACAGGUUCCGGAUGGACGGUAUUGAAAGCAUUCCGGGUGUUCCGGCAUCACCCGGAGUCGUUCCAUUCCGGCUGUCAGGACAUCAGUUUUCAAAGCACAAGGUGCUGUUCGAGCAGCUCAUUCCGGGCAAUGCCUACACCUUCCCCAACGAAAGCCUCAGCAAACAAGAACUGUGCACACUGCACUUCAUGCUGUCCAGCACGGUGGAGCCGUGGGAACGAGGCGACGAAGACGAUGUGUGUCCUCUGAAUCUCUACGGGUUACCAACAGCCGGCAACUGGCUUAUUCGAGGUCCUGACUACCAGAAGGCGAAACUUCAGGGCGCGAAACUGAGCCGCUGUCCUGUAGAAGACGGCGUGGUCCAUACCUCGAAGUGGGGCACAGUGGGUCCCGGGGCUGUGUUAGCAGGGAUAGCAUCUGCGCUUGAGCCCCAGCAGGUUCAAAUAACUCUCCUGCUGACCGAACCAAUUGAAACCAGUGACACCGACAAAUUGGAGAAGUUUGAUCGUUACAGGACGAUGUCUUCGUCCGCUCAACUACACAACACGUGGGCCGCUACUCUGGCAGGCGACCUGGCAGAAGUGGCUGUGUACCAGGGACCACGACUCCAGGGCGAUCUGUACAUCGGGCCAGCUGGCAAUUGGAACGACACGGAGAUACCUCGUGUCCGGUACAUGGACCAGAGGAACCAGGGUCUGUGGCAGAUGACGGACGCUGAAGCCCUAGGAGACAUUGAUGGACUGAUCCUGUCAGGGGCAGUGCAGAGUUGGAGAACGCAACUGAGUAGCCUGCGUCUCUCUCAAUUGCUCGAUAUGUACUACUCUCAUCGCGGGGUCAACUUCGACCCCCAGUAUAGUGCCUGCGAGCGGCAGGCCAGACUGAAGGAGCUCGAAGAAACGAGCGACUUGUUGCAGACAGAGACGACGAACUUCGCUCGGGUGUUGUCCUACAAGUCUCCGGAAGCCGUCCAGAUCUCAGACGAGAAAAUCCAGGAAUUCAGCCUUAAAGCCGUUCAGGCUUACAACAUUCAUCUAUGUAAGAGGAGUUAA